AUGGCGCUCAGCACCCACCUUGCCUCUCGCCUCCGGCACACCCUGGCAGCUCUGCGCCAGGCACCCCUGGGGCAGCACCAGGGACUCAGAGCUCCCUCAGGACCAGCGCAGACAACCGACCUCAGGGGCAUCUUCCCACCCCUCGCCACCCCCUUCUCGCCCACACAGGAGGUGGACUAUGGCCAGCUGGAGGAGAACCUGCGUCGAUACACCAGCAUCCCCUUCCGAGGGCUGGUGGUGAUGGGCUCCAAUGGCGAGUACCCCUACCUGGAACCCAGCGAGCGGCUGGAUGUGGUGACCUGUGUGCGCCGGGCUCUGCCCAGGGACCGCCUGCUGCUGGCUGGCUCGGGCUGCGAAUCCACCCAGGCCACCAUCAAGCUGACGGUCAGCAUGGCAGAGGCAGGGGCUGAUGUGGCACUAGUUGUGACACCCUGCUACUACCGAGGGUCCAUGACCAGUGCUGCCCUGGUCCAGCACUACACAGAGGUGAGUCCUGCCUGGUCGCCGAUCGGUGCUUCGCCUAUCCCUGUGGUGCUCUAUAGCGUCCCCGCCAACACCGGCCUGGACCUGCCCCUGGAAGCUGUGCUCACCCUGGCUCAACACCCCAACAUCGUUGGGAUCAAGGACAGUGGAGGGGAUAUUACCCGCAUGGGGCUGAUGGUCCACAAGACNNCCAGGAGGUGCUGGCUGAGCAUGGCAUGCCAAGCUGGCUACCAACAUACCUCGGUGUCACCAGGUGCCUCUGGGGGGGUCUGCGCCCUUGCCAACAUCCUGGGAUCUCCGCUGUGCCAGCUGGACCGCCUGUGCCGCGAGGGUCGCGGGCAGGAGGCCCGUGACCUGCAGCACCGGCUCAUUGAGCCUAACACGGCGGUCACCCGCCGGUUUGGGAUUCCAGGACUGAAGAAGGCCAUGGAGUGGUUUGGCUACUACGGAGGUCCCUGCCGUGCACCCCUGGCCCCACUGAGCCCCACCCAGGUUGAGGAGCUGAGGAGCACCUUCAGCACCAAUGGCUGGUUGUGA